AUGGUCAUUCCUCCGACGAUAUCGAAGAGGCUAAGGAUGUUAGAGAUACUGACAAGCAACUACGCAGAACGCCUCGAUGCCGCACCGACUCGCCCUGGCCGGGUCGAUUAUCGCUUAAAGUUCGACGUCGCGACAAAGAACCAAGCUCAAAAGAUCUUCCUCCGGCUCCAGGCAAGCGGCGACCGCGUUGAGACACGGGUUGAGCUGGAAGAACUAGCUCAGACUUUUGCCAACGGGAACUCCCCCAAAAUUCCUGUCACAUGCAGAAAUAUUGGACUUCCUCCUGCAGUGCCGUGA